AAGACGUUUGAACUUUUUUCAUUCGAAUAAGUGCGAAAGCCCGCGCGAAACAUUUGAAAGCGUACGUUCUGGCGCGUUUUCUAAAGAGAACGUUGGGAGGACACAUUGAUCACGUAUCAACGGCGAUUGGCGUGCAUUUUAUCAAAUUAUACGAGAAUACUUUUUGAAGAAAAAAGAAAACAAGAAAUAGAAAAGAAAGGAAAAACGUUUCCCCUUAUCCAUAUCGGGCGCGUUCGCGCGUAUGUAUACGUGUGUUCGUUUGUGAGAUGGUGGAAAUAAUCGAAUCGCGUUAGUGUCCUUAAUGUGUAUGUGUGUGCAUGUGGUCGCGUGUGCGUUUGGCCCGGGAAGAAAAAAAAAUUAAAUAAGAAAGACAGAAAAGAAAAGUAACUGAAGUUUGUCACAUGUGAGAGAGAGAGAAGGAGAGAGAGGGAGAGAGACAAGGGGUACACAUAUACGCAUACACAUACGUGAAACAUAGCCAAGAACAGUAGCCGCAACAUGGAAGCGGGCGAUUCCAGGAAACUGUCUCUUCUGCUAUGCCUUCUCCUUAUUUUCACGAACGUCUUACAAGAUGGCAACGGCGAGGUCGAGGAUCUCGAAUCGGACGUACAGGAUUAUAAUACCGAGGAGGAUUACAACGACGUCUUCGAUUCGACGAUGAACGGAACCGACGUGGACGCGAGCACUGGCAGCAAAAGUGGUACUUUGAAGUUUGUCAGGACCCUCUCGAAUAUAUCGAAGGACGAAGGUGGCGUAGCUCAUAUGCGUUGCGAGGCUGUUGGUGAUCCACCACCUAUCAAAAUACGUUGGUAUAAAAAUGAAGCACCCCUUGAAGAGAAACGACCGAAGAUCACGAUAAGGAAAAUUCAUGCUCAGGCACACGAGCACGCAGCUAAGAACAUAGCCGGUAGUCGUCUUAAGAUCACUAACCUCGACGUUUCCGACGUUGGAUUUUACUCGUGUCGCGUGACCAAUGGUAAAGAUCAGAUUCAAAGCGAGGGUACCUUAAGGGUCGAUUCAACACAGAAAUGGCAAGCUCCAGUUAGUCCCAUUGUACAUUCAGAUAACCCAACAUUGGACACCGACGAAUUUUCAUCCGGUUUACCUGCUGGAUCUAGUUUUAUCGAUGGGAUGGAUAAUACAAACAGACUGGAUAUCUCAGGGAUUGGUAUGUCAACACCACACAUCUCUCAUUUGGCACCCACAAAUUCUUUAAAUAUAUUAUCGCCCAGUCCACAACCGACUAGUUCCCAGUCUAGCACCGUGGAUUUUAGUACAUUCAGUGGCCUUAAAAACGUCAAUAUGCAAGUACCAUCAGGUAUGGUAAAUUUUGCUGGAUUUCCAAGUAUUAAUGCAAUACCUGGGAAGAAAGACAAUCAUGAAGGAACUUGUGAGAUCUACGUGGGUAAAACCUGUGCACAAUUUGUUGGAAAUCAAACCGUUUACAUUUUGUAUCCAAUGACUCAAAAAUCGCUCGAAGACAAAUUGAUCCAAGCUUUUGGUGUUAUAAACUUUUCAAAUGAUUUAUCUUCCAAUUGUGAAAGCUACGCCAAACCAUCUUUAUGUUAUUCAACAUUUCCUAUUUGUCGAAACCCACCAAAUAAUCCAAAACCAAAGAAUAGUGAAUUCUCAGAAUUCAGUAGUAAACUGUUUAAUCGUCUUCAGUCUAAUCAAGAUGAACAUUUGGAGGAUGGUGAUGGAGAGGAUAUGUUAGAUGAUUAUACAAGAACGCAUGGACUUCCUAGAAAAAGAAGUCCUACGUUAGGUCCUGGUUUUGAAUUCAAUCCAAGCAAAGAGAGAAAAGGAAGCAAUCAGAAAAUAAUCAAUCAAAGUUACGGAGACAGUCGUUCGUCCAAUAAAAACGAAAUGAAUCGAAAAUUACGAAGAAUAUGUCGGGAGGAAUGUGAACUGUUGGAAAAUGAAUUAUGUAGGACAGAAUAUGCGAUUGCAAAGAGACAUCCAUUAAUUGGACAAGUGCCUUUACUCGAAUGCUCUGAUUUACCACUUAAAGGCAGUCCAGAAGCACAAGAUUGUUUAAGCGUUGGUAUAUCUACAAAAAAUAAUGUACAAGAAAACGAUUACUGUUUUUGGGGCAAUGGAGAGUCUUAUCGUGGUACAGUGAAAACAAGCAUUAGUGGUAGGCCUUGCUUGAAAUGGUCUCAUCUAAUAAUGCUUCACAUUUCUAAUUAUCCCGAAUUAGCUGGGCGACAUUCAUAUUGUAGAAAUCCGGCUGGUCAAGAAAUACAGCCUUGGUGUUUUGUUGAUGCUAAUAAUAGGACGCAAAAAGAAUUUUGUCAUAUACCUAAAUGUGUUGAAAAUUUGUGGAUUUAUGCGGUUGUUGGUUUUGUACUAAUGGGAGGGUUUGUUACUAUAAUAAUUUGUUAUUGCUGUUGCUACAGAAGUAGAAAGUCCAGAAGACAAAUGAAUCACUUACCCUCAAAUAAAAUGUUGACUGGAAUACAAUGCGACAAAAACAUAUAUGAUGGAAGACGCAGUACUACACAACCUAUGGAAAUGAGUUCUCUUUUAGCUGGACCAGGCAACACGACUCCAGGUACAGGGACAUUAAGUAGUGGCAGUAGUAGAACCUCGAAUAACAGAGUACCUCAAUUUACCACAAAUAAUGUGGUAUUAUUGCAAGAACUUGGAGAGGGUGCUUUUGGAAAAGUAUAUAAAGGUGAACUGCAGACUGGCAAUAAAUGUGAACCACCUAUAUAUGUUGCCGUAAAGACAUUAAAAGAGAAUGCAAGUCCAAAAACACAGAGUGAUUUUAAAAGAGAAGUCGAUCUAAUGACGGACCUUCGACAUCCAAAUAUAAUCUGUUUGUUAGGUGUUAUAUUAAAAGGUGAACCAAUGUGUAUGCUGUUCGAAUAUAUGACACAGGGGGAUUUGCACGAAUUUUUAAUCUGUCAUUCGCCAAGAUCGGACGUUCCAUUGAACAAUGUAACUGGAAAGAUAUUGGAGCAACCAGAAUUUCUUCAUAUCGCAUUGCAAAUAGCAUCCGGCAUGGAAUAUUUGGCGAGCCAUCACUAUGUUCAUCGUGAUUUAGCUGCUAGAAAUUGUCUAGUAGGAGACAAUCUCACCGUGAAAAUUUCCGAUUUCGGAUUGUCACGUGAUAUUUAUAGCAGUGACUAUUACAGAGUUCAAUCUAAAAGCUUAUUGCCAGUACGAUGGAUGCCACCGGAAUCAAUUUUGUAUGGUAAAUUUACAACGGAAUCGGACGUUUGGAGUUUCGGCGUUGUACUAUGGGAAAUUUAUAGUUACGGUUUGCAGCCAUAUUACGGAUAUAACAAUCAAGAGGUAAUCGACAUGAUACGUUCUCGUCAAUUAUUACCAUGCCCAGAGGAUUGUCCAACGAUGAUAUAUAGUUUGAUGAUAGAAUGUUGGCACGAGGUAGCUAAUCGAAGGCCACAAUUUCCAGAGAUUCAUCAUCGUUUACACAAUUGGUAUAUGAAUCAAACUUAUUUGAGCGAUUUUUGCAAUGAAUCGAUUACGAGUUAUUCGGGGAGCAGUCACAAGAGUACCAAUAAGACAAAUUCAACGCAACUCUCAGCUCCUAUAUACAAAGCCGCUGAUCAAAAGGAACAAUUGUUUAAGACCAAUAUGGAUUCAUUGGUAUGCAAUUUAAAUGAUCACAAUAAUGCAUUGAAGUUGCACCAACAACAAAACUUUUCAAAUCCGGAAUCCAUCGUCGAGCAAAGAACUGCUUCUAUUUUUAACGAUCACAGUAAUACACCUAACAAGACUGUUAAUUAUCAAUCGCAAACUAAUAAUGUUAAUUUAAACGAUUACGAUGAUAACAAACAGUGUUGCUCGCCGAAAUUGAGCGGUGCGAAAAAAGUUUUACCAUCAGUUCCUCAACCGAUAAUAGGUAAAACGACAAACGCGUCGAAUGGCACGAGACCAAUGCAAAAUGGUGCGCAAUUAGUCGUCAGGUUACCAGAUCCGAGUAAAGUAACUACCGAAACCAGGGUAUCUAAGUGAAAGAGGAAAGAAGAAAAAACAUAAACAAACAAAAUCGAUUAUCCUAAAGGACAUUACGAAAGGAAACAUUUAUUAUUCUAACGCAUUUAAGCGUUUUCACGAUUGAUGUGAAAUCGCGUAUCGAUAUAAGUUUUAUCGUAAUAUAUAUAUAUGUAUAUAUAUAUAUAUACAUAUAUAUAUAUAUAUGCAUACGUGAUCUUUUUAUGAAUUAUAUUUACUUAGCUCGGAUAGGAUGACUCGUUCUUUUUUUUAUCGUCAUCUUUUUUCUACGAACGAAAUAAAAACGUUUUCUAUACGCGUUUAAGCCCCCAUACGCUUUCCCCUUCCCCCAUCCAGUAACUCUCUUCAAAAAAAAUGUUUCAUAUUAAGUUACCCCUCCGACCGCGGAUGAUUUUAAUAUAUAUAUAUAUAUUUUUUUUUUAUUUGUAAAAAACAUGGGUGAAUUUUAUAUAUUUUCUGUAGGUUUAUAUAUAUAUAUAUAUCUGUGCGUGCAUCUGUGUGUGUGUGUGUGUGCGUGUGCGUGUGCGUGUGCGUGUGUGUGAUACGCAUUUCAUAAAAGCAAUAUUAUUUAGAAGCAUAACUGAUGAAAUAACGUAUCUCUAUAUAUCUCAAAUACAUGAAAUAAAAUGUAUUAAUUGAAAUAUUAUACAAAUUCAAUACUAGGGGAAUUAAUAGGCCUCGCUAAAAAAUUCAAAUUAAUGUAAUAUAACUUUAAAAAAAAAAAAAAAAAAAAGAAAAGAAUUUUGUUAAUCCGCGAAGGGAGGGGUAUAUAUUAAGUAUAAACGUCAAUGAACAUGAAAUGAAUGAUAAUGUCUUUAUCAUUAUCAUAAUACAUCCUUUAAAAAUAAUCUCAUGGUAUUUAAAUAAUGAAAUUAUUAUUUCUUCAUAUAAUAACGAUAUCGUGCUUUUUUCUAUUUUAUACAUAUAUUAUGCCAAAAUAUUUAUAUCGAAUUGAAUAUGGACUGAAUCGCAUCGGAUAAAUUAAUAAUCAUCGCAUUUGAUAAAAAUAUCUAAGAUAUAUGAAUCUAUCCUUGGAUAUAUUUAUCUCUAAUAAGGAUAUAAUUAUAUGAAAUUUUUUUUACACCGAAUUUUUCUACCUUCGAUUGAUCUAUUUAUAAUAUUAACAAAAAAAAAAAAAGAAAAAAAAAAUUGGAAAAUAAACAAAACGAAAGAAGUAAAAAAGGGAGAAACUAAGAAGAGAAAGAAAACAAAGGCUGGUUUUAUAUCGUUUCCUUUUUAUGUUAUUAUUAUUAUUAUUAUUAUUAUUAUUAUUAUUAUUAUUAUUAUUAUUAUUAUUAUUAUUGCAAUAAGAGGUUGUGAAGCGAUUCGACUGUUGUAUUAUCACGUACGCAUAUGAUUGUGUUUAAUACGUGUUAUGAUAUUAAGUUUCCUAUAAAAAAACGAAAUGUACACUCACAUAUUUCUCAAUAUAUAUGUACAUUAACUAUAUGUAUAUAUAUAUAUAUAUAUAUAUAUAUAUAUAUAUACAUAAUUCGUUCUUUUGUAUGCGUAUACACAUAAUUAGCGUGCUGCAUUCUUCUCCUCCAUAAUCCUAAGAACGAAAUAGAUUUAUAUUUUAAAAAAAGUAUGGUCAUGGUACGUCUUAAAGCUAAUCGAUCGAUCGAAUAUGUUAAAUGUUCUGAUAAAAAAAAAUGUACUAAUGAAAAAAAAAGAAAAGAAAAGAAAACAACCAUAAGGAAGAACCUAUUGCCCUCGUAAAAUAGCGAACGAUGUUAAAAUUUAAUGCUGUCGUUUGUGUGUAUAAAAAAAAAAA